AUGGCCCGGUGGCCCUCACCGCCUCCGCCUCCGCCGCCGCCGCCGCCGCUCGCCGCGCCGCCGCCGCCGCUGCCCGGCGCCUCCGCUAAAGGGCCGCCGGCGCGCAAGCUGCUCUUCAUGUGUACCCUGUCCCUGUCCGUCACCUACCUGUGCUACAGCCUGCUGGGCGGCUCGGGCUCGCUGCAGUUCCCGCUGGCGCUGCAGGAGACCCCGGGAGCCGCCGCGGAGCCCCCGCCGAGCCCGCCACCUUCCUCGCCACCGCCACCCCGCGUGCGCCCCGGCGCCUCCUCUCCACCGCCGGACAACGCGAGCCACGGACCGCCGCCCGAGCCCUCCGAGCGCUUCACGGCACCCGCGGCCGACGGCUGGGGAUUGGCGAGCGGCGGCGGCUCCCGGGACGUCUGGUCCCGGAGCCCACUGACCCCAGGAGACGCGGUCACAGCACAGGGUGCGCUGCUGGGGCGCGGGGCGCAGGAACCGGGCGCCACCGAGGAACUGGCAGGCCCGAGGGCGACCAAUGCGAGCGCGGAGCGGGACCCCGCCAGCACCCCUGAUUACGGGGAGAAGAAGCUGCCCCAGGCGUUGAUCAUCGGGGUCAAGAAAGGAGGGACACGCGCGCUGCUCGAGGCUAUCCGUGUCCACCCGGACGUGCGGGCGGUGGGUGUAGAGCCGCACUUCUUCGACAGGAACUACGAGAAGGGGCUGGAGUGGUACAGAAAUGUGAUGCCCAAGACAGUGGACGGGCAGAUAACCAUGGAGAAGACGCCCAGUUACUUUGUGACAAACGAGGCUCCCAAGCGCAUUCACUCUAUGGCCAAGGACAUCAAACUCAUCGUGGUGGUGCGAAACCCGGUGACCAGGGCCAUUUCUGACUAUACCCAGACGCUGUCAAAGAAGCCAGAGAUCCCUACCUUUGAGGUGCUGGCCUUCAAAAACCGGACCCUGGGGCUGAUUGAUGCCUCGUGGAGUGCCAUCCGCAUCGGGAUCUAUGCUCUGCACCUGGAGAACUGGCUGCAGUACUUCCCGCUCUCUCAGAUCCUGUUCGUCAGUGGAGAGCGGCUCAUAGUGGACCCUGCAGGGGAGAUGGCCAAAGUACAGGAUUUCCUAGGCCUCAAGCGUGUUGUGACAGAGAAGCACUUUUACUUCAACAAAACCAAGGGAUUCCCCUGCCUGAAGAAGCCAGAAGACAGCAGUGCCCCAAGAUGUUUGGGCAAGAGCAAAGGUCGGACUCAUCCCCGCAUUGACCCAGAUGUCAUCCACAGACUUCGGAAAUUCUACAAACCCUUCAACAUGAUGUUUUACCAAAUGACUGGUCAAGAUUUUCAGUGGGAACAGGAAGAGGGUGAUAAGUGAGGCUUACAGUGUGGAGGGAAGGCUAAGAAAUAGCAAGGAUACUCUUUACCAGAGUCCCACAUUCCCCAGGUUCUGAAGCUUUGGCCAUGCUGGAGUGCCAAGUAGAUUGCCAACCUCAUCCAAUCAGGCUACUUCCAAUGUUGUGGGCUUAGGCAAAGGUAUAGAUCUCAUGGCAUCCCUGUGAAGGAACCAGCUGUACCUGGUGGACAAGGUGGCCACCAGAAUCUACCAUGAAUAUUUAGCCUCUACUAGUUAAUAGAGGCUUGAAGACAGGAUAAACAUCUUCCAGUGUCAAAGACGUAUGCUAUGAUGUUGAGGAGUGGCAAAAAGAAAGGAAAGGAAAGGAGAGGAAAGGAAAUGAAAGGAGAGGAAAGGAAAGGAAAGGAGAGGAAAGGAAAGGAGAGGAAAGGAAAGGAAAGGAAAGGAAAAAUAGGCAAGAAGGAAGGAAAAAAGGAUAGGAAAGAAGGAAGGAAGAAAGAAAGGAUAGGAAAGGAGGAGGGAAGGCUAGGAAGGAAGGAAGAAAGGAAAUAAGAAAAGAAGAAAGGAUAGGAAAGAAGGAAAUAAGAAAAGAAGAAAGGAUAUGAAAGAAGGAAGGAAAUAAGAAAAGAAGAAAGGAUAGGAAAGAAGGAAGGAAGGAAGGAUAGAAAAGAAGGAAGGAUAGGAAAGAAGAAAUAAAAUAAGAAAAGAAGAAAGGAUAGGGAAGAAGGAAGGAAGGAAGGAAGGAAGGAAGGAAGGAAGGAAGG